AUGUCGAACCCCCUCGAUACUGAUGCAGGCUCGGAGCUCUUCAGCAGUUAUGAAGCGGAACUUAAAUUGGUUCAAGCCGAUUUAAACCAAAAGUUGGAUCAAAUCCCUGAUCUCACUGGAGAACAUCGCAAAGCUGCUAUCAGUCAAGCGGAACGAGCAUUAGAAGAGGCAAAUGAAUUGCUUGAUCAGAUGCGACUCGAGAAACAAAAUAUCCCUUCAGCAACACGAACCAAAGUUAAUCAACGAUUCCGUAAUCAUGAAUCAGAUGUGGAUGUAUCAAAGAGGAAAUUAAAAACUUUGGAGAACGAUCGGUCGGCUCUGUUUGGUUCACGCUAUUCCGACAAUCCGAAUGAUGUCCAACUCGAGCAAAGACAACAGCUUCUAUCAGGGACGGACAGAUUGGAUCGAAGCUCACAGAGAUUGAAGGCUAGUCAGGCAUUGGCAAAUGAAACGGAGGCUAUUGGUGCCGGUACACUCGCAGAUCUGCAUAGACAGAGAGAGACCAUUCAGCAUACGCAUGGCACCUUGAUACAGAGCGAGGGAUUCGUUGAUAGGAGCGUAAAGACGUUGAGGGGGAUGUCUCGUAGGAUGGCUACCAACCGGAUAAUCACUGUGGCUAUUAUAACAGUCUUGGUUCUUCUUAUUAUUGCCGUUAUUGUCAGCAAGUUCAGAUAA